AAAAAAUAGGCCAGUUGGUUUUAAGAAUAGCCGGACAGCUGCCGACGCUUACGAUAUCUAUUCUCCUCGUCACCCUCCACGUGGUGACAGACCGUACCGGCGAACACUGCGAGAUGAGAGAGGAAGGUAUGGAAGUCGGCUGGCCCGGCAACAAGAGAUAGCAAAUGGAGGAAAUAACCGAUUGUUUUCAGUCAAAACCCUAAUCUUCACUCGCGAGAUCCGAAGAAUAGCACACACGGCAAGUUUUCACCUCGAAAGCAGAGACUUUAUCAUAUUCGUUUUCCUCCCUCCAUAUCUCGAACCCUCUAAUCAAUAAGCAGAGGGUUGUAAAGAAGAAGCAAUCGUUUUCUUCUCAACCAGACUUCCAUUAUUCUUCUCACCACUUCAGAAGUGGGUUUCCGGUCGAUCCUAGCGGCUUCGGAAACUUUUGUUUCACUUCUGGAUUUUGGUCAGGUGGCCCUAAAAUGGGGUUCUUCUUGGGCCUGAUAUUCGGGAUCCCGGUUGGAGUCGGCCUGGUUGUAAUGUUCGUCCGAUCCGAGAAUGCGAGGGCCAAGUCACGCUUCGACCUGACUGCUACUGUGGCAGCAUUUGCAAAGAUGACAGUGGACGAUUCAAGGAAAAUUCUUCCAGGUGACUAUUAUCCUCCGUGGGUUGUUUUCUCACAAAGACAGAGACUGAACUGGCUAAAUCUUCAACUUACUAAAAUCUGGCCUUUUGUGAAUGAGGCUGCAUCUGAAUUGAUAAGAAAUUCUGUUGAGCCAAUUUUAGAGCAGUAUAGAGCAGGUGUAUUAGCUUCGCUGAAGUUAUCCAAGCUAACUCUUGGUACUGUUGCUCCACAAUUUACGGGAGUUUCUAUUAUUGAAGAUGAUGAUUCUGGUGUAACUAUGGAGCUUGAGAUGCAGUGGGAUGGCAACCCAAACAUUGUCCUUGAUAUUCAGACUGCAGUAGGUGUUUCACUUCCCAUACAGGUGAAAAACGUUGCAUUUACUGGGGUGUUUCGCUUGAUAUUUAAGCCUUUGGUGGAUGUUUUACCCUGCUUUGGAGCCGUGUCGUAUUCUUUGAGGGAGAAGAAAAGGCUGGAUUACACUUUGAAGAUUGGAGGUGAAUUAACAUCUAUCCCUGGAGUAUCUGAUGCCAUUGAGGAUACUAUACGUGAUUCUAUUGAAGAUUCAAUAACUUGGCCUGUAAGGAAAAUAUAUCCAGUAAUACCUGGAGACUACAGUGAUCUAGAAUUGAAACCAGUUGGAACAUUGGAAGUAAAGCUUGUGCAAGCAAAAAAUUUGACAAACAAAGAUCUCAUAGGGAAAUCUGAUCCAUUUGCCAAAUUGUACAUACGCCCUUUACGUGACAGAAUUAAGAGGAGCAAAACAAUUAACAAUGAUUUAAAUCCUAUUUGGAAUGAACAUUUUGAAUUUGUCGUCGAAGAUCCAACUACUCAGCAGUUAACGGUGAAGAUUUACGAUGAUGAAGGGGUCCAGGCAUCUGAAUAUAUAGGUGGUGUGAUAGUCAAGCUAAAGGACCUUCAACCUGGAAAAGUGAAAGAUGUUUGGCUGAAGCUUUUAAAAGAUUUAGAAAUUCAAAGAGAUAGGAAAGAUAGGGGUCAGGUGCACCUAGAGCUUUUGUAUUGUCCUUAUGGAAUGGAGAAUGAAAUGAUGAAUCCUUUUGCUACUCAAAAAUUCUCUAUGACCUCCUUGGAGAAGGCUCUCAAAAGUGGCGCGAAUGGAAGUGAGGUUGUUGAUACAUCAAGUUACAAAAAAAAGGAUGUAAUUGUAAGAGGAGUGCUAUCUGUGACAGUUAUAUCUGCAGAAGACUUGCCUGCAAUGGAUGUAUUGGGAAAGGCAGAUCCUUUUGUUGUUUUGACUAUGAAGAAAACAGACGCUAAAAACAAAACCCGGGUCGUGAAUAAUAGCUUGAAUCCAACCUGGAACCAGACUUUUGACUUUGUAGUGGAAGAUGGGCUGCAUGAUAUGCUAAUUUUGGAGGUAUAUGACCACGAUACUUUUGGAAAGGAUUUCAUUGGGAGGUGCAUUAUGACCCUAACAAGGGCUUUGAUGGAAGGGGAAUACCAAGAGAGUAUUCAACUGGAAGAGGCCAAGUCUGGAAGGCUCAAUGUGCAUCUCAAGUGGACACCACAGCCAAUAUAUCGUGAUUCAUAAAGAUUUGGAUGGCAGAUUUACACUGAUUGUAACAUAAUAUCGAUAUUGUUUCAUCGUGUUAUUGUAAAUCCCGGAAUAAAAUGGGAAUGAGAAAUUGUUUGGGGAUUAUGUGGAAGAACUUCAAUUUUUAGAUAAUUGUGUGGAAUGUAGAUAAUCAUCAUCAGUCUUAUAACUAGUCUAUUUCAAUUAUUUGAGAAUUAGAACGUUGAAUUCA